CGGAAAAUGUGUGAAGUCCAUGCACGUAAAUUGCGCUAUUUGUUCGAAGUAUCACCCUGCACAUCUUUCAAGAAUGCAUGGAGUUGUCGAAAAAUCUAAUUUUUUACCUUUUUCUCCGCAACACUGGGAUCUUACGACUGGCUUUAGAAGCUCAUCAAAACCUGGGGUAUCAAACUGCCAGAGCCUGGUAAUUGAAUGGAAGUUUCGAUUAGAUGUGCAGCCACGUGCCGGAUCUGUGCCAGUUGACCAAAUGGAUACAGCUCAGACACUUAUGCCUGUUAAGAGUGGCCGUAACGCAUGGCUUUCUAGUGAACAGGCCGAGAUAGCUUCGUACGACGGAACGUUGUUUAACGGUGUUAGCGAACUUUUGCCUCUCUCGACAACCUCGAUGGUCCCCUCAACAGCCGCGACCGCCACGGAAGUAUUAGGGCCAAAAAGACGCGGGCGUCCUCGAAGCCGGCUGCCCCAAGCCGUCGUAGAAGAAACAUUUCAAAGUCAAGACAUACAGAGCCAGCAGACCACCCAAAGCUCCGGCUGGGAUGUAGCCCACUCACCCACUAAUUUUUCGAAUGCGGCUCAGGAAGAGAGUUGCUCCGGAUCGAUAACAGCCUCUUCUGCCACAUUAGUAGAAGCAAUCAAUCAAAGCGUCGACCGACGUACCUGUUUCGUUUGCCUAAAACGUUUCAGUGACGCUUUCAGUGUGCGAAUGCAUGUUCGCGUCCAUACAAACGAAAAGCCCUUUGCUUGUCCACAUUGCCCUCAUAGGACAGCGCAGAAGGGCAACCUCAAAUCGCACAUUAAGAGACACCACGGAGAUGUUGCCAGUUUAAGCGAAGUUCCAUAAGUAUGAGGUCGUGAUUUUGGAUGUGAGUCGGCACAAACCAAUCAGCAGUUUUAGCCUAUUGUUUACUGUGAAGGGGAGCUGGAAACGCUUCGGAUGCCUGUUCCAAAAAGAAAAAUACGAUACCAAUCUUGAGGAGGGGUCAAAAGUGAGAAUGCGUGUCAGUUUUUGAGCUAUUGAAGCAAUACGAUGAAUUAAUAAACUUCAUCCUGUUUUGCAGGUGAUUCAGCUGACUAUGUAUCCUAGCUAGAGAGAGUUUAAACAUUUUCCUCCGUUAAGGAAAGUAUUUCAGUUGCUGGUGAAAAGGCUUAGAUGUAUUUCUAUUGCUGUGACUAUUCCAAGCUUAAAAAAUACCGAAGGAUAGGGUGGUUAGGAGGUUAGAUCUUUUGUUCAUCUAACCAAAACCAUCUUAGAAAUGUAGAUCGUCGCAAGUGUUUCACUAGCAUAUUGUUAAAGCUGUUGUCUCGUCGACUAAAAUAGAUAAGGUUCAACAUUCCGUGUAUGUAUGCUGUUGAGAAAUGUUAUAGCGUUAGUGUUAUCAACUUAACAAUGGUACUCGGUCCGUCCUAAUUACUGAAACAAGGUAAGAACAAAGAUUGAUUUCCAUUCUACAAAGAACUCCCAUCAUUUUCCGUUAGUUAAUACAGAGUUAGUGUAUUACAACAUGUCUGUCCUGCAAUUAUUAGUCGUGGCAGCACGCUUAUAUAAUAACACGAAGCAGGAGUUUGCUUAAUCGGUUGUUUGGAUUUCUCCACCUAACUUAAAAUCUUUGACAUUUAUAGCUUGUACGCUAAGCUAUUAUCUGUACAUAUUAUUAUUGCUAUGUAAAUAUAUGCAUAUUAGAAUAUAGUGUCAUUCCAGUGUUCCAAUACCACUCUGCUCUCUGUAAUCAAUAGAUGCAUAUGUGCCAAUUAUAUUAAGACCGGACUAAACUUGUCUUUCCAAUGAUUUUCUUUGUGAAAACACCGUGGAUAUAAUAGUUUUUCAUAGGAUAUCAUUACAAUAUUUGGUAUAUCUAAUUCAACAGUGUUCUAUAAGUGGGGUAGAUGACUGUGGUAAACCUACCGAUAGGAACUUAGGUAAGAAGUAAAUACGCCAAAGGUGUGUCCGACUGAGAAUUGAUAGCUGAAAGAUCUUUGUUUGUUCAUGCGUAUACAGCACUCAACGUCGCUUAGAGCACACCACGAUUAUGGCAUAUAGGGUAUAUUUUCGUAAAGGCGUAUAAAUAUUACUUUGUCGAAAUAAUAGUCCAGAAAAUAAGUUUGAUUUUAAUAAGGGUGUAUGUGGGCUUCUCAAAUGGAGACUAUUAGAUGCCCAAAUUAUAUAAAGAAAUAAAUACUUAUAUAAAGUAUUUAUUUUUUAAGUAUAUAUGUACGUCUGUAAGGGUGCAUGUAUUUCCGAAUAUUGCAAAUGAGAGCAAUGAGAACCUUCAUGUUCAGUUAAAAUUAGAAGCUCAUUAUACAUUUAUGUCAGUGGUUAGUUUCAUAUAUUAAGCCAUUAUAAUAAAGGCCAUAUCAUUUAACAGCGAAUUCAAAGCUAAUAAAAAAAGCUUAAAUGAAAUUUGUUAAUAAACGUGAUGUGUUCUCCUGAUAAUAGCUCAAAUCAGUUGAAUAAAUUUUAGCGUUUUUUGAAUUGCAAAACAAUUUUUUAAAAAAACAUUUAAUCCCUAACUAACAUAUUAUCCCUAAAUAACAUUUAAUCUGUACUGAUGAUUUCUUUGUGUGAUAUUUUAGGAAAUAUAUCUAUUUAGAAACCCAGGUAUGCUGACCCCAUUGAACUACAAAUGCAAAGAUUCCUUAA